UGUGCGGGAGAGGGAGAGAGGAGAGAGGGAGAGGGGGAGCGAAAAAGGAGGAAAAGCUCCGGGAGGAAAAAAAAAAAAAAAGCGCCCCCCCCCACCCCAACCCCACGCCAGCAUCGGCCGCGGGACUGGCAGCAUGCGAUCCAAAGGCAGGGCGAGGAAGCUGGCCGCAAGUGAUGAAUGUUUGUACGAAAGCUUUCCCGAACUUCCUUUGGAGGAAGUGCCAGAAGCUGAUGGAGAGGCUGCAAACGUCCAGUGUCCAACAUCCGUCGGCAUUCAAGAGCCAUCUUCUCCAGCAACGUCCAGUGAAGCUUUCACACCAAAGGAGAGCUCCCCUUACAAGGCUCCGAUAUACAUUCCCGAUGACAUUCCCAUUCCUUCAGAGUUUGAGCUCAGAGAAUCCAACGUUCCUGGAGCAGGAUUAGGGAUAUGGACCAAAAGGAAGAUUGAAGCAGGGGAAAAAUUUGGCCCUUUUGUAGGAGAGCAGCGGCCACACCUUAAAGAUCCCAGUUACGGUUGGGAGGUAAGACACUGUACAUUAUUUCGGUCUGUUGAACUCUCUUGCAUGUCUAUAAACACAGAAGUAUUUGCAGAAUUUGAGUCCUAUCCUGCAGCAGCCAGGGGAUAUUUGUGUACACGAAGAAUGCUUUGCGGCCUUUCAGGGCUUUCUGGAUGGAAACAAGUGUAAAUUAAA